CCGAUUGAUACGACGGAGCACGGUUAGGCUCCAACGUUAACCGACGCACAAUUAUAUUUUUAUGUAAAUCGUUACCUCAGGUUCAAUCUCUCUUACCUUCUCCUCACUCGCGGCUCCGCCAACUCCAGUGCUUGUCGCAGCGAUGGCGGACAACAACAAACCCUUCGAAGACAAUCCGCUAUACAAUUCUCCAACGCUCUCCGACGUGACAGUUCGGCAAAUCUCUGGCGGGAAAUCGAAGGACUACAAGUUGCACAAGGCCAUCCUCGCCUCUCAAUCCAAGUGGUUCUACAAUGCUUUCUGUGGCAACUUCAAGGAAGCAAGCGAUCAGGUCGUGGAGGUGCACGACGACAAGCCCCAUCACUUCGAAAUGCUCUUGAAAUGCAUUUACUCGCGCGACUAUAUUCCUGGGAAGGGAUAUAUCUCCCAUGAUGCUUGUGAUGAUAUCAUCGGAACCUACAUAGUUGCGGACAAGUACGGAUGCGAUGAUAUCAUCAAGUCGCUCCCGCAGGCGCUUCGUCAACACAUUGAAUGGCUUUCAGGAUAUCUCGUGCCGGGAAUUGUUGAAGAUUUCUACAGCCACUGUGGAAACACUGCCAAAACUGAGAUGGGUAAGGUUCUUGCGGAGCGCGUACUCUCUCAGCGUGCAGACCGUUCGGCUAUGGACACAAUCAAGGAAUGUAAGAACGUGUGCAACGACCAUCCGGAUUUUGCAAGGGACGUCAUUCUUUGUUUGAUCUCCCGGAAGACAAACCUGGAGCUGCGACCAAAAGCCGGCGGAGAUGAUUCAAGUGCUGGAAGAGUGGGCGCAUUGCGGUUCUAGCACAUGCCCUGCAAAUGAGCUUGCGAAUCUUCAUUUCUCAGCGGGAAGGGUUGUUCCCUAAAGAUGCUUCACGGGAAAGCCAAACAUGUACUCAGUCGUCGAAACUGCGAUCGCUAAGCGUUGGGG